AUGGUUUACUCCAACGAAGAACUUUUUUCUAAAGUAGUUGAAAUACUAAAGCCACUCGAUCUGUCUGUGGUUGAUUAUGAGGAAAUUUGUGAAAGAAUGAAUGAAGCUAUGCGCUUGGGUCUGCAAAAGAGUACAAAUGAAAAAUCAUCAAUAAAAAUGUUUCCAUCUUACGUCACACGUACACCAAACGGCACAGAGGUAGGAAACUAUUUAGCUUUGGAUCUUGGAGGAACAAAUUAUCGAGUUCUGUCAGUAACACUUGAAGGUAAAGGAAAGCACCCAAGAAUUCAAGAGAGAACUUACAGUAUUCCGGCUGAAAAAAUGACGGGCUCUGGAGGCGAUCUUUUCAAAUAUAUAGCUGAAACACUAGCUGACUUCCUGGACAAUAAUGGAAUAAGACACAAAAAGUUCGAACUUGGGUUCACGUUCUCUUUCCCUUGUGUGCAGAAGGGUCUCACACACGCUACUUUAGUUAGAUGGACUAAAGGUUUCACUGCUAGUGGUGUGGAAGGCAACAACGUGGCUGAUUUACUGCAGGUUGCUCUUGAUCAACUAGGUCUCAAUGUAAAGUGCGUUGCCGUUGUAAAUGAUACUGUUGGUACACUCGCUUCCUGUUCUCUCGAAGAUCCUAAAUGUGCAGUCGGGUUAAUAGUGGGAACUGGUACCAAUGUUGCAUAUAUCGAGGAAUCUUCAAGGGUUGAACUGAUGACUGGCGUAAAGGAUCCAGAAGUUGUCAUAAAUACAGAAUGGGGUGCAUUUGGUGAGAAAGGAGAGUUAGACUGUUGGAGAACACAAUUUGAUAAGUCAAUGGAUGCUGAAAGUCUUCAUCCUGGAAAACAACUAUUUGAAAAAAUGGUAUCCGGAAUGUAUCUCGGUGAGCUAGUUCGUCACAUUCUUGUUUACUUGGUUGAACAAAAGAUUCUGUUCCGAGGAAAAGUACCCGAACGUUUACAAGUACAGAACGCUCUAUUAACUAGAUACUUAACAGAUGUCGAAAGAGAUCCACCUCACCUUUUGUACAACACAUAUUAUAUGCUUACUGAAGAUUUAUCAGUGCCUAUCGUCGAACCAAUUGAUAAUCGCAUUGUACGAUAUGCUUGUGAAAUGGUUGUUAAACGAGCAGCAUAUUUAGCUGGUGCAGGUAUUGCUUGUAUCCUCAGAAGAAUAAAUCGUUCAGAGGUAACUAUUGGUGUUGAUGGGUCUUUGUAUAAAUUUCAUCCAAAGUUCUGUGAACGAAUGACUGAUAUGAUUGAUAAAUUGAAGCCGAAAAACACUCGAUUCUGUUUACGUUUAUCUGAGGAUGGUAGUGGUAAAGGAGCAGCAGCGAUAGCAGCAUCAUGCUUACGAUCCUAG